AUGAAUUCUACAGAGGGUAACCAAACUGAUCACUGUCUCGAGUUUUCCUGUCCAGAGAGAUCUGUAUCUACAGCAGUGUAUGUAUUCUUGUAUGUGUGUGCUGUGACUGUUGUUCUGCUGACAGUAUGUGGGAACCUGCUCAUCAUCAUCUCUAUUUGUCACUUCAAGCAGCUCCACACACCAACUAACAUGCUCAUCCUCUCUCUGGCUGUGUCAGACUGUCUGGUUGGACUAUUUGUGAUGCCUUUUCAUUUUAUAUGGUUGAUUGAAUCAUGUUGGAUUUUUGGACACAUUUUCUGUGUGCUGUUCAACUUUGUCAGUUUUCAGCUAACCAGCGUCUCUGUUGGUAAUGUCGCUCUCAUUGCCUUAGACCGCUAUAUGGCACUGAACCAUCCAUUUCUCUAUUCAAAGGACAUUUCAUCAAUGAUUAUACACACUCUUAUAUUUUUGAUAUGGUUCUUUUCAUUAUUAUAUAACUUUGCAAUGUUUUAUGUAGGUGGAAACUUCACAGAUUUAAUAAUAUGCCCUGGAGAAUGCCCCUAUGUUUUUGGUGAGAAUAGCACCAUAGUUGAUCUACUGUUUGUAGUUAUUAUUCCAUGUUCUCUUAUGGUAAUUUUAUAUAUACAGGUGUUUGCUCUUGCUAGGAAACAUGCCAAUGCUAUAAGAGAACUCAAUCAAAACAAAAAUGUUUACAAAUGUGACUCUAUGAGGUCUGAGAGAAAAGCAGCCAAAGUUCUUGGCAUUCUGGUGUUUGUGUUUCUGGCCUGUUUACUGCCAUACUAUGUUUGCAGUGUCACAAGUGACUCAUCUUACCUCAUGAUAAAUAAUGUUUUAAUCCUCUUCUAUCUGAAUUCUUCCAUAAAUCCUAUAAUCUAUGCCUUAUUUUACUCAUGGUUCCAGAAAUGCAUAAAGCUGAUUCUGAGCUGUAGAAUCAUGUACACAGAUUGCUCUUUUGCAAAUGUUUUAGGAAUUAACAAAUGACUCAACCAAAAUUAAUGCAUGUGGAAGGUGUU